CCCCCGGAGUUACACAAUGAUUGCCAUCCUGGUACUAACGAUCGCAGGCCUCCCAUUGGGGAUUGCCCUCAGUGUUUCACAGCCGUACUAUGUGGUUGGGAGUAAUGGACAAGUAUCUAUGCACUGCAUUUUCAAGACCAAAAUACAACCACAAGAAAUGCAGGUGUCCCUGUAUAAAGGUCUCUAUGGGAAAGAGAGGAUCUGCAGUACUUCUGUCAACAUCUCAUCCUCCCAGUUAGAGACAAACGAGAGGGUGCAUUGCAGAGCUAAUGUAAGCAAUGGCAGAGUGGACCUGACCAUCUUUGGCUUGAAGGGGGAGGACACAGACAUCUAUCGAUGCCGAGUGGACAUCAUCUUCCCACCUCCAUACCUCCGGCAGUUUGGGAAUGGGACUCUGGUGUAUAUUCCAGAGAGCCCAGACUGCCCCACUUCUAAAACUGAGGCUAGAAUUCAGGAGAAACCAGAGAUCACCCCCGUCCAAACCCCCACAUCGAACCUUUUCCUGCUCUGUGCAAUUCUCAUAAUCACCACCCUCAUCCUCAUUCUACAGGUAAUAAUCAUGAUCCUGUCGCCGUCAAAGUCCAGUCAUGUGCCUCAGAUAGUUCCACAGAAGAAUGAAUACAGCAACUUCUGGUGAUACAUACAGUGUUCACCUGUGAUCUCAAUCCGCAUUAGUACCGAAAUACUACUAUUUUGAAAGAUAGCAAAAAAAAAAGAA